CGUUCGUUCGUUAAGUUGGAUUUGAACUGUCGCGGCAAGUGUACCGUGUGUUGCGUUUUCUCUCUCUUGUCCCGGAAUCGUGUGUGCGCGCGCGAGUUCGCCCAAGACACCGCGGUGUGAGGAGAACCCGAGAAGAAAGGAAGAAGCAACGAUAGCAAACCCGAAACAAUACACACAGUGCGUGCGUGUAUGUUUUGUGUGUGGUGUGUGCGUAUUGCUGUGUCUGCCUGCAAGGUGCAUUAAGCGAAAAGUAGCCCGCAAAAUAAGAGAAAAAAAACCCACAAAGUGCAACAGUUUUGUUUGGUGUGUGUUUGUGCAUGCGUUCGUGUGUGUUUACUAAACCGGCCAGGCAUAUUGUUUCAAGGCGCCUGUGGAAGUUGCCCAGUGGUUUUGUCUUAAACGGUACAACCGGCAAAGAAAAUUUUGGUCCGACUUUUCGUUCAACCAUUUUGUUGCCGUUAGCUUCCAAUGUGUGUCCUGUGAAAACCCUGUGUAAGUUGCAGUGUCAAGAAAUCCCUAGCAAAAGUGGCGUUUAAUUCGCAUAAAAUAUUACCCCAACAUAUAUGAAUGUGUGUGUGUUUUCUUGUACGUGAAUUUGUGUGUUUGAUGUGUGUGACCUACUUCAGGCGCUUUGCUACUAACUACGAAGGGAUUAGUUUGAUCUUGCUGUGACUGUUGUGUGUCUCGCCAGACCUGAGGAGUGAUCAAACGUAAUGUGUUUGAGCUGUUCAAAACGAGAGGUGUUGAUUGGAAGAAUCUCUUGAUGUCUCAGCAGUCUAAAGGUUGGUGUGGAAGUCUUCUUGAGCCAGUAGCAGCUGCAUCGUAACCAACUAUCGCUUGAUAAGGCUAAUGAAAAGUUCGACACAACUACUGAGCUCCUGCGAUUGGGCGUGAAAACUACGGAGAUCCCUCAAUCCCAACUAUUCUGGAGUAAGCUUUGACACCUUAAGCAGCGCGAUCGUGUUCUGAGGCGUGUCUGACACGGACAGUGACAGUCAAAACCAAAAACACAGCGAUCGGCUCGUGUGAAAGAACAGAAAAAAGGCGCGUCAGAGCUGUGUUCUGACGGCCCCGUAACCUCCUGGAGGAGCAUUGGUGCCCUUGCGGGAUUGAGGAUGAUAGUCCAUGACCUCCAGCACACCGGGAGCACUACGAACGGCCCUGCACUCGAGCGGCCACUGCACAUAACAACAGCGAACCCGAUCGGACACCCCGGGGAAUGAGCCGUGUGAAAACGGGAAUCUGAUCCAUAAAUCACAAAAUCCGAAGGAAAGAGAAAACACCCUCUGCCCCGAGGGCACGCGAGGCCUACGUUAAGUUGGGCAAUAAAUAACGCUAAAAGAAACCGGUGAAAAGGAAGAACAAAACGACAAAUCGAAAGAAGGGCAAGAAACUGCGAAGAAAACAAAAAACACGAGCAAAGAGAGAAAAGAGAAACGGAAAUCACGAUAAGCGUUCACGAAGGAGAAGAACUGAAACCGCGUAAAGGUAGCAAGCGAAACGAGCUAAGAACGAGCUGGAACAGCAGCAUAGAACGGCCAAAGGGGUUGGGUGAAAUUUGGUGUGUUUAAUCAAGACACGAUCGACGCAGGCUGGAGGCGCGAUCGAGGAAGUUGGGAACCGUUUCCUAACCCCAACAUCACCACCAGAACGCGCGCCGGACAUCCGGACCCUGGCAAUUGUGUCUAGUAAUUGUGUGUAAAGGGAAAACAAGAAGGUGUUGCGUGUGUUGUUUGGGUAUUUUGAUCGCACAAGUGUUACGUGGCUAAGAGAGCACAGCACCCCUGUACAGUGCGUGAGAGCAAGUGUGGGGUUCGAUUGAUAGAAUCGAUUAAAGGUAUAUCUCAUGUGACCAGUGUGUGUUUGGAUCGUGAAUUGUGAAAAUUGUGUAUUUGUAUUACUGUUCGAUUGGAAAGUUGAAAAAGGAAUCGAUUCAAGUUUUUACUACAGCUGCCAACACCACAUCUUCUGUAGAACGUGUUGAAUACGAUUUGUGUUUUCAAAGCCAUUUACAUUGAAGGAUCGCUCUCUAGAGAAAAGUUUUAAUCCAUAAGAUUCUUGUACAGAACAUUCAAAGCCGCAUUUAUCGACAACAAAAAAACUAUGUUUUAACUUGUAAAUGACACCGAUGCAGCAAAGAUAUACCUGUGGCAGUAACUAUACAGAUUGCCCAAUCAAACCAUGCACUAGUGGCCACUGUUCCGGUGGGAAACGUGAGUCAGCUAUAACAACCACCAGCAUCCCGCGGAAUCGAACGAAAACGACGACCUUAACGGUUUCGAUGAUACACAAAACGAUGGCACCGCCGACCAGGACGACGAUGGCGUUAUGCUGCUGGUGCCUGCUGCUAGCAGUGCUGGUAACGACGGACGCCCUGCCCAUCACCUCCAAACCGCUGGACAACAAUCCGGACCAUCUGACGUGGGAAGCUGCGUGGCUAUCGGAGGACAGCCGGGCACCGAUGCCGCUCGGCGGGAAGUCGAAAAAAAUCACUCCCAAAUCGAUCUUUAUCACACCGUUCCUCAACAGCUACAACACGUCCGCCUGUCCACCGGACUACAAGGUGGACUACAAUGGCAAGUGUAUCCAGGUUGUGAGCAUCAACACGGCCGACAUACUGGUGACGAAGCUGCAGAGUCUGUUCUCGCAGCACGGUGACGGUGGUAGCAAUGGUGGUACGGGAGAAGAUGACUACGACUACGAUUACGAUUCGACGGGACCGUUCCACGUGAAUCUUCCGCUCAGUAUUGAUUUACCACCGGAACCACCGCAACCACCCAAGGCCCAAGUUUCGCAGACAACCCAGCUAACGUACAAGGAUAUCCCUGGCCCGAGCUUUUACGACAGCGCGAUGGUGGACAUCACCACCGUUGAUCAGGACAAGGCAAAGAUAACGACCGUGUCGGUAAGCGACCCGGAAAAACCAUCCUCCGAGAAGCCCUUUCUUGCCACGUCCACCUCCAGCACAUCCUCCGAGCCGGCCCAGGUGGACCAAAGUAACGCCGAAAGUACGCACACCGACAUCUCCUUUCUCGCGUUCGAAACCCUCCCCAACGGAACGCUGGUCGGUCAGGUCGAGCUGGAAGCAAACAAUAGUACGGUGGUGCAAAGCAUUUUUGUUUCAUCCACUACAACUGAUGUACCAGUGGCCGACGGUAGCAGCACAGCGGAGUCUACGUACACUGAGCUCGCUAGCAGCACCGGUACAACGACUGAUCGUGCUGCUGAUACAGCUGGUACGGAUGGUGGUGAUGCGGUAGUGAGCACCGUGCUCUCCACGCAGGACGUACCGACCACCACGACGAAAGAGGAGGAGGACGCAACGAUUACUACGGACGUUAGUAGUACUGGUGCGGCGAGUACUACCGAGCAGGAUGAGUCGGAUAUGGAGGGGAUGAAACUGGAGUUGGAAGAGGAACUACUGCUGAUGGAUAGUAAUCGCAGUUCGCUAGCUCCGCUAGAUGCAUCCACUACGGACAUAUCUGAGAUGGACCUGGACACACUUCCGACGGCGGAAACGCUUCCUAGCGAUGAACCCACGGUUGUAAACAAAGUUCCAGAAUCUGUGGCAGUGAGCACCACAACCACCACCGUUCCACCGCCUGUACGUCCUCUCAUGCCGAUACCUACGAAGCCUUCCGUGCAGAUCAUUACACCGAUCAAGGGCAGUUGGGAUUUGGGAUUCAGAGGAUCAGCACAUCUGCUACCUGCUAGCCAUCUCAUCCAACAGGAUCGAACAACGCGCGCUACACCGGAAACAACCACGCAAGCGAUCAAUGUGGAGAGAUCCACCCAGCCACCAACGGUUCUGAACGUCCGGCAAGACUCUCCGGAGGAUAAGAAGAAUAGCGAGGAAGUGGAUCGUCACGAGGCUCAGCAUGCGCUUCGGGAAGCGAACGAAGCUAGUAAUCGUUUCGUGUAUCAUCAUCUCCCUGCUGCAACGUUCGUAUCGACAACUGCAGCGAGUGUGUCCUCCAGCGAAUCACCUGAGACCACCACCACGAGCAGUAUCUUGCAGGUUCAGCCACUCGCAUCCACUCCGGCUGGCAGCAACAAUAACAACUAUCUCGACCAGCUGCGUAAAAUAAACGAAAUCGUAGCAGAAAAACGACGUCACCAGCAGCAACAGGAGCAGCAGCUCGGCGUGAGCUCAUCCAGCACGCGCAUUCGGUUCCCGUCGCGCGAUGAAGAACAGCUAUCUGUGGCUGCGAGCAAUAACUACCAGCAGCAGCAGCAACAGGCGAACGGCGUACGAUUUCCCGGUACGUCCACGAACCGUCUAACGCCAGUUAGCAGCAAUCGUCUGCCGGAUAUCUUCCCGAAGAAGACACCGGACAGCACGACACAGCGGCCUGCCUUCUGGUGGCUCCCAUCCGGUUGGGAGGUAGACCAGACAGGCAACAAACCGAUGCUGUUACGCUUCUGGUCCCGGAUGCCCCUCGUACGUGACAGCUCACUGCAGCCAUCGACAACGGGAAGCGCCAACAACGAACCCGCUGAUAACACUUCCGGAACGAACAACAACCGAUGGCGUUCGGCGACAGGCUUCCAGCAGCAGCAGCAGCAAUCACAGCAGACGACAGGAACAUCACACCCGGUCGCGACGGCCCGGGGCAACUCGAAAAGUCCGAGCGAAAACUUCUACAAGGAAGUUUCGGCCCAGGAAGUCUACAAGGUGAUGAACGCCCGACAGCUGAACCAGCACCAUCAGAGAUAAGCCAGCUUCUCGUCGUUGUCGUCCCCCACACCAUCCCUCCCAAAAAAACACUACCCUGCCCACAAAACCAGCCCCUCGAAAGCCCUUGUCUUCCACGGUGGGGCUUCACGCCAACACGGGAACACGGGCGGGACAGCGGGCAAACCUUUACCAAAGUCCACACCAGCAGGCUUCGCAAGUCCAGCUUUAAGUAUUACGUAAUAUAUCCAUGUCUACCACUGGCGCUAAUCCUAAUCCGACGGGAAGCUGCUAUAGAAGUGUGUUGAGUGUAAUUUAGUGCGCGUGUGCGUGCGUGUUUCUGUACAGAUGAGAGCCGUGAGCCGGAGAUGUAGGGAUUAUCCUUGUCGGUGGUUACACCGAGGAUUGACGAUAGGCUAAGGAUGGGUGUAGUAAACACUGUGCCCGAGCUUUCUAAUUUCACCACCCAAACUCUUGCGUCUCUCUUUCUCUCUCGUCUGAUCUUUCAGCAACACCCUGUUUGUAGAUCGUCCUCCAUAUGUACCGUCCUACGUUACAAAUCUGACAAUCUGUGAUAUUGUGUUUGAAAGUUGCUUUCUUAUCGAGUGUAAGAAUUUGUGGCAAACUUUUAUUUUACCUUUCAUUUUUUUGCUCCUUCAGCAUUCUUAAUUUUAUGUUACAUUUAAGACCCUUACGCUCAACGCUCGAAGGUGUUGCUGUUUAUUUUUACCAACUACCUUACCUUACUUCCUUUUUUUUAGAACAACGCUAAAGAAGUAUUUUCAUACCUUGAAAGUACUAAUCUUUCCAAAGGACCUUCCAGUUGCGGUAAGCGUGGAUACGAUCUUACGACAAAGCAGGGUGAAAGAUCAGACCUUUUUUUUUGAAAUUCAUAGCGUCCAACUAUUGCAUACACGCCCUCAAAGAAUGUAUUGCAAGAGUAUUUAGUUUCUGGGUAGUGUGCGAUAAGGACUGCAACCCAACUUCAUCACGAUCGAAUCAACAAUUUCUGCAGCAACAUCAGCAGCUGUACCUAGUACCUUUCGUUAAAACCUCCCUAACCAGACCCUGACUAAUUGUACAUAUAUAUAAAUGUAGCAGCAAACGAUAUACCAUUGUAUUAAGACGUUUAAUGUGUAGUAGCAAGAUUAGCGUUUAAGAUUUGUAUUAUCUAUUAGACGUCUAGGCGCUAGAACUGUACUCCGUACUCACCAACAACACGCACAAACGCUCACUGCGCAUACACCGCUGUUUUAAAAUGACUUGGAGCAGUUAUAGACCUAAUGUUGUAUGACGUAAGAGACCGAGGAAUCUAGAAGAGAAAAACUCCCAUUUUAUCUACUUAUCUACCCAUGGACAUACUUACUAUAAAGCUACGAAGGUGCGAUACGUUGUGUGCAAAAGCAAAGCAAAAACUCUGUUACUUAUAUGUUACUACUAUUACACUCACAGAACGUGUUACGUUUAGAUGAAGCCGUGUUAGAAGAAGCGUGUGCAUUAGAAACUUAAACAAACUGCUCUUGUUUGUGCAGAUACAGUACAGUGUACCGCGUCGUCUGCCGAUCUGCAUCUUACUAUACUUUCGCACGAUUUUAAAACUCUCUGGCGGAUCUUAUCUCCAGUUUCUUGGAUGUGCUACUAUUAGCACUUAGUAGUAGUAGUAGUAGCAGUAGUGGCAGUAGCAUCAGUAGUAGUAAUAGUAGCGUCUGCUACGUCAAAAUUUUCGUGUCCGGAUGUAUGUGCCAAAUAUAUGUAUGUAUGUA